CUUAUAGAGCGUUCCGGCUGCUUUCCCCUCAUUCUUCCCCUCUACUCCUUCUCCUCACUUUUUCUCUCCUACAAAUCUCAGGGAAGACGUCGUGUCUGGCUUCUCCAUCAUGCGUUCCUCUACCCAGCCCUCCAGUCUCUGGCUUGCCCUGCUGGCCAUGCCUUUGGCAUUGCCAGUAUCAGCUGAGAGAAUCCUCGGAGCUUACAUAUUCGCUCGCCAUGGAGAUCGCACGGCCAAAGUGUUGAAGAACACGGAGCUGACCGAUCUGGGCUACAGCGAAGUGUACCAGACUGGCAGCUACUGGCGGAGCCGGUACAUCGACUCGAACUCGUCUCUCCAGAUCCAAGGGAUCAACGAGAACAUCGUCAAGUUGAGCCAGAUCAGUGCCUCGUCUCCAUCCGACGAUGUGCUUCAGAACUCGGCCACCGGCUUCCUCCAGGGUGUCUAUCCUCCGGUUGGCUCCUCGGCCAACCAAACCCUGGCUAAUGGCAGUACGGUCGAUUCGCCUCUCAAUGGGUACCAGCUGAUCCCUAUCUCCCUCACCGAGUCUGGUUCAAACAGUGAGGACACUGUCUGGCUGCAGAGCUCCACGGAUUGCGAAAACGCGAAGGUCAGUAGCAACAACUACUACAGCUCGGCACUUUACAACUCGUUGCACACCUCCACCAAGGGCUUCUAUCAGUCCCUGUCUUCUCUACUCGAGGAAGCCUUCUCCGACUCCCAGAUGAGCUUCAGGAACGCUUACACGAUCUUCGACUACCUUAAUGUUGGGUACAUCCACAACACCAGCAACGUCCCAACUGAGGAGCAGCUGCACCAGGCCUUCCUCCUGGCCAAUGUCGAACAAUACAACCUAGCCUACAACUCCUCAGAAACUAUCCGCGCCAUUGCAGGGGCCAUUCUAGCAGGAGAUGUGCUCACCGGCCUGAACAAGACUAUCGCCUCUAAGGGAAAAUCCAAGCUGAACAUCCAGUUCGGCUCCUACGGUACAUUCAUGUCGUACUUUGGCCUUGCUCAGUUGCCAGCUGCGGGCGUCAACUUCACUGGCCUCCCUGAUUACGCCUCCUCGAUGGCAUGGGAACUGGUUACCAACUCGACGGAUUCUUUUCCCUCGGCCUCCGACAUCAGCGUGCGCUUUGUCUUCCACAAUGGAACCCUGUCGUCCGGCUCGCCAACCGAGUAUCCUCUCUAUGGCAAGUCUAGCUCGACUAUUUCCUGGUCUGAAUUCUCGGAGCUCUCGAGCAAGAUUGCCGUAACCUCCACCAAGCAGUGGUGCAACGUGUGCGGCAACACCAAUGGCGAUUGUGCGGCCUACUCAACCAGCUCGAACCCCACCACCACUACUUCGUCUCAGUCGAAGAGCGACGGUGGCGUUUCUCGGCCCGUGGCCGGUGUCAUCGGUGCCAUGGUGACCUUGGCUGUGAUCCUUGGCCUCGAGGCACUGUUCCUCCUUGCGGGUGGCUUCCGCAUCACCAAGAAGCGCGCUCCUGUUGCUGCGGCCGCUUCUGCUGAUGCUGAGAAGUGAGCUCCAUACGAGGCGGAUGUGCCUGGUGCCAGGGCUAGAAUGGUAACGACGGAACGAUUUAUGGUAUGACAGUCAGACGGAUGUUUCUUCGUGCGGCGAUAAUAGCAGUUAUCAGUGAAAAUGACACUAUGCUUCCUACAGUCU